GUUUACCUGACCAUCUCAAACGGCAGCUGUCAAUAUGCCGAAAAUCGGCCUGUCUCGUGCAAUAUCUCCAAAAGGUCGGGUGCGGUUUGUCUCCUUGAGAAGCUGCCCCCGUCCCUACGCUAUACUGGCUCUUCCUCAGAAUUCCCACAGAAUCGGCGUGCAGACGCCGCAGAGUAAUACAUGGCCGAGAGGGUUCCGGACUGGACAAAUGCGAAAUAUACCAGAGCAAGAGACAACAAAGAAUGAUGCACAAUUUCCGCAACCGCCACCAGAGAAACAGUCAAAGUCGACUCGACCAGUAGUUGUGGACUCGAAGGGAAAAGAGUAUCACAGCCUCAAGGAAUACAGGGAGGGACCGAACCCAGAGAGCGGCGAGCUGGGUAAGGAGUAUGAUUCCGAAGAUGUAAGGACUCACAACAGGGAUGUGGACGACAGGCAUAAGAAGGAUUGAUGAUCAAUACGCUCAUAUGGAUGUACUACUGCUAUUUUCUCUUCAUGUAUCAUAGUUGCUUUAUUGCGGGAAAUCAGUAUAGACAAUUUGUACGUGUUACUCACAAAAUUGAUCGAUAGGA